AUGGAACCUCCCGUGCCUCUUGUCCCUCAGGGGGCAGGCACCCCUGGCUCUUCUUCUCACGCAAACGGCGCUUCGGGAGGGACUUUGCCUCGGCACUUGAAGCGGAAAUUCGCAGGGAUCAUCGACGCAUGCAGACGAUGCAGAGAUUUCCAUCUUUUCCUCGAGCCGGUGGAUGUAGUGGCCAUGGAGUGCCCAACUUACUAUGACCUGAUCCAGCAUCCGAUGGACCUGACCACGAUGGAGGAGAAGCUGCGGAAAAACGCGUACGGCAGCGAAGAGGACUUUCUCCGUGACAUGAUUCUUAUAUUCACCAACUGCAGACUGUUCAAUCGCCCCGGGAACCCUGCAGGCGAUUUCGUCUUGUCGCUGUGCGCCAAGUCGGAGGAGAAGUUCGCAGAAGAGUGGACAAAGUUCCUGAAAGACGCAAACAAAUCCGCCAAGGCCAUCAAGGCGUUUCACGAGUUCUUCCGGUCCCAGGUUGGCGGCCCGACGCGAGACGCUGAAGGCGGCAGAGGCGGUGGAGAGAAAGGGAUAUCGGGCCGUCGCGAGCAAAAGGACUCUUCGCAUGCUUCGGGCGCAAAAGACAAAAAACCCCGACACGGCAAGGCGCAGCCAUCGGCAGGUGUCUCUGCCGGCGAGUCUCCUCAGGUCGAGAAGAACCCGACAGGCGCGACUGCUUCUCUCGUGGAUCCAACGCCCCAGCCGACCUCUCUCCUCAGCGACGCAGGAGAGGCUUCCGCCUCGCCCUCGUCGCCUCUUCGCCGAGGCUCCACUGACGGCAAUGCUUCGCAGCAGUCUGCGCUGGCCUCCAGGCAGCUUGAGACAUCUCUCGCUUCUCCUGACGCCGCGGGCUCGACCGUUUGGGUGCCUGCGCUGCCUUCGCCUGGCGCUUCUUCUCUGCCUUUGGAAGCGCCGGCGUCGAGCAACGAACCUCGUCCUUCUCUCUCUCCCUCUCGUCUUCCGUCCCUCGAAGCCGCGCUGCUCCCACAAACGUCUCUCUCUUCCUCCGAUUCUCUCGCUGGCCCUCCUGGCGCUUCUUCUGGUCCUUCAUCUGGUCCCUCAUCUGGUCCUUCUUCUGGUCUCUCUUCGUCUUCUGGACUUUCGCCUGAUGCAGAGGCAGGGCGAGAUUCGAAGUCGUCUUUCGCUCACGCUGAGUUAGAGGCGACACGCGCAGACGCCGCAGGCGAAGCAGCCUGGGGAAGCGACAGCGCGAAAGCGGGAGAGCGGGGACUGCAUGCGCCCCUCAAAACAAAUCCGUUUCUCUCAGGAUGCACGAAAACCUGGCAAGUCUACUGCAAAGAUUAUAUGGUUCGUCCGUUGAAGAGCGACCGCUACGGCUACCUCUUUGGCACUCCGGUCAUGUCGUCUGCGGAGCUGCCGCAAGCAGUCAAGGAAAACUACUCAAAAAUCAUUUCUCGUCCGAUGGACUACAGCACAAUAUGGACGAAACUCAGUUCGCGCUGUUACGAGCACCCAGACGAAUUCCGAGACGACGUUCUUCUGGUCUUUGAUAAUUGCAUGACUUUCAAUCCCCGGCACGACGAGGACUGCGGCUGGUUGCACGAAGUGGCGUUGCGGCAGAAAGAGAAAUUCUUGGAAAAGUGGAAACGAUGGUCCCCCAAAGUGUUUGCCGCCUUCCGACAGCAAAAGCAAGCUGAGUCUGCACUCCGUUCUCCUGUCAUCCACGCCCAAACUUCUUUCUCUUCUUCCUUUUCCUCCUUUUCUUCCUCUUCUUCCUCUUCUUCCUCUUCCGCUUCGUCUUGCCCUUCUUCCGCUGCUGCGUCUUCUUCGGAGAUGCUGAGUGUUGAGCAGUUUCCUAAUCACGAGGAGCGAGAGAAGCCGAAGUCGGUGGAGAGGAAAGAAGAAACCGCGAUGAAGCGAGAGGGAGGAACAGGAGAGAAACCUCGAGGGAUUGUCGACAACUCCACGUACAGGACGCUCGUCACCGAUCUCUUCGGAGAAGAAGCGUUAGACGACGAGUUGCCUUCCCGGACUGACGACGGCCCUCCCGAUGCCUCUCUUCUUCAGGCUUCUUCCCAACCCCCUUCAGAAGCUUCGUCGCCGCCGCCACUGCCGGUUUCCCUUCCUGGCACUGGCGAAAAUCUCCCCGCUUCCUCUCCCUCUGAGCCUUCGCAGCAUCGUGAAGAAGCGGCGCUUCCUUCUUCUCUCCCUGCGUCGCUUUCUGUCUCAGCUGUCCAAGAGAGCGGCGAGCUUUGCCUGACGACAGACGUGGCUGUCGCGAGUGGUCGGAGCUCGGCGUCGACCGGGGCGGAACAGGCGGGGACGGGCGGAGACGCGCCGCAGGAAAGCGAGACUUUCUCCGCGGCCGAGGAGGCGAGAGGGCUAGCCGCACCGGAGAAAGGAACGACCGUGCAAGACGAAACGGACGGCAACGGCGUUCAAGAAGAUCCAAGGAGACGCGAGGAAAGCGGCGCGUGCGGCGCUCUGCCUUCGGCCUGUGGCCGCCCGAGUCAGCCACAGGAAGUCGACGCCGCGUUGAGGAUUCCGGCGCAUGCAGCCGAUGCUGAGGCGGAUGGCGGAGAAGCAAGGGUGCACGUGAGUUCGAAAGAGAAGAAGAAAAAGGAGAAGAAGGAGAAGAAAGAGAAGAAGGAGAAGAAGGAGAAAAAACACUCCGACCACAAGGGGAAACGCCGAAGCAGUGGCGACGGGGGCGACACCCACACCGCGUUCGCGUCUUUCCCUCCCGUUCUUCCUCCAUUUCCAGAUCCGUCAACGUUUCCCCUGGAUCACCAGGCUCCGAUUCAGCCCUCCACAGACGUAUCCUUUCCUCAGCCGGGAACCUCUCUCCUUCCUCAUUCUCAUUCUGUUCAUUCGUCUCCGCCUGCUUUCCCGGGCGAACCUCAGCGGCCUUUGCCUGUCUCCGUUUUCGCUUUUCCUGCCGCGUCGCUGGCCGGGAACCCGCCGCUUGUCUCUGGCGGCGCAGAAGGCGGUGCGCUGGGCAUGUCCACGACCGAGCUCGGUGAAACGGAGACAAAACACGAGCAAUUUGGGGGCUCGCUGGUCGGCGGCCUCUCCGCGUCCCCCGCGCUCGCGGCUGAAACCGGAGAAGAGCAGGAAACUCGCUGUCUCGCGCCUUCGCUUUCGGCGUCGUAUUCCCCUCUUUCGCCCUCGCCCUCCCUCGGCCUUCGGGUUCCUGCGCACGUCCCUGGAAUCCCGUCCCAGGCGUGCACUUCCUCUCCAGAAGGACCCGAAGGCGCGGCGAAAGAUGAAGAGCAAGGCCAGGUGGUUCUGUUGCUCAACUGGCGACCUACAGAGACAGGCAAAGCCUCGGGCACACGCGAAGAGUCAGGCUCUGAGGUCGCGGCGAGCCGGCAGAAGGCGGAAGCUUCUUCCGUCUCUCGCUGGUUUUUGAUCGAGGACGAGCGAGGCAGCGGAGAAAAGGAAGAGAGCGAAGAUCCAGAACGAGAAAAGAAGGGACAAAAGGAAGAAGGGAGAGAAGAAGAGAAGGAAGAGGUGUUUGACUCUGAGGAGACUUCUGAGCUCCGCGGCGUCGAGUCUGUCGUGGACGGCGCGUCUGCUUUGUCUCUAACCCGCCUCUCAUUCAUUGCCUUUCGGGAGGGAGGGGAAGAAGAACAGGAGGCAGGCGACUGCGUGGGGGAAGCCAGCGAAGAGCAGGCGUUCUUCGACUGUCUCCUCGCCUUCCAUCUUCGCCGCCCUGACCUUCUAACCGCCGCACUCGAAGCGGCAGCUGCAGGCACAGGCCUCCCGGCUCUGCUCGGGAGUGUUGAGAGACGCCGAGCUGUCAGAGAGCAAGCAAAACGCGAGACCGGUGGACGCGACUGCGCGAGAUUGGAAACUCACGCGGAAAACCCCGAACUCGACUCAGAAGAACACCGGGACGGUGAAGAGGCGCUGGAAGAACCCGGACUUCUCAUGAUGGAAGAGGAAGAGAAGAAGGCACUGCUGACGCUCGCUGCGGCGAUUUCCGCCGUCUCUCCCCGCGAGGCCUCGUCUGUCUCUUCGCGUCGGCCUGCUUCUUCUGCGGAGUUUCUUCCACCUGCCUGCGCCUCCGCCCCGCGUCAGUGGUUGACCCCUGAAACGGAGAAGCGCUCGAGUUUCCUCGCACGACUCUGUCUCCUUCUGGAGGCGGGCGAGGGCGAAGCUUCGCAGGGUCGCCAGAGCCUGAGCGGCGAACACGGGGCCGGGAUAGCGGCGCGAGAGGAAUCAGAGUGGCGCUGCGCGAGCCUCUGCGGAGACACUCCGCUGAGCUCCGAAUCCGAAAGAGCCGGGGACGCGGCGCACGGUCUGGCGAGAACCCGAAAUGGAGAAGGCAGAGGCGGAGAGGCCGGGGAGGCGACAACCGGGAGCGAGAGGAGCGACGGAAGAGCGAGCGCCUGCUUGCCAGAGUCACGGCAGAAAAGCGUUUCUCUCGGGGUCUUUCCUCCACGACAGUUUCAUCUCCACGACGUAGGUCUUUUUCAUCUUUCCAAGAAAGUCGUUCUGCAGCCGGCUUGUUCUCGGCCGUUUGAGGAAACUCUCUCUCUCUCUCCUCUUGACGCCGGCGAGCGCUAG